ACGUCAAAAACCCUCGCCAUGUUGUACGGGUCAUGCUUGAGUUUGACAGCCACACAGAAAGAUUGCACGAGACAACAAGGAGAAGAAAAAAUAGCAAAAAUAAUCAGAGUUUCGGCGAGACCCGUUUCGAAGGACGGAUAACACCGAUUCAGGGAAAGAGAAAGACAAAGAGACACGGAACGAUACGCAUACCAUCGACGGUAUCGGAUCAGCUAACAGCACCGAGCAGCACUACGCAACCCAGCAGCAGCAGCAGCAGCAGCAGCAACAUCAACCAGCAGCCGAAAUGUCCGGAGUGAACCUAUCACGCAACGAGGUGGUACAGUUUGUGCUGCGUAUUUCGCUGCUCUCCAUCGUCACCUACUACUCGGCGAAAUGGCUCAUCCGCAACCUGGACCCGUCCAACAAGAGCAAAAAGAAGGCGAUCGAGCAUGCGGAGGAAAUACUGCGAAAGCUAAGCCCAACGAUGAAAAAGUCAGCACUACAAAAUUUGAACGAGUACGAAAUGGUUAUUGCUUCGCAUCUGGUAGUGCCAGAAAACAUUACCGAAAGCUGGGACAGCAUUGCCGGGCUGGAUGAUGUGUGCCAGGAGAUCAAGGAAAGUCUCGUGUUUCCCGUCUGCCACCGGGAUAUGUUUGCUGGCUCGGCACUGUACCAGCCACCGAAGGGAGUGCUUCUAUACGGUCCACCAGGCUGCGGCAAGACACUGAUCGCAAAAGCGACCGCCAAGGAAGCCGGCAUGCGCUUCAUCAACCUCGACGUGGCGAUGCUGACCGACAAAUGGUACGGCGAGUCGCAGAAGCUCGCCUCGGCCGUCUUUACGCUGGCGGUGAAGAUUCAACCCUGCAUCAUCUUCAUCGACGAGAUCGAUUCGUUCCUGCGCGCCCGCAACUCGUCCGACCACGAAGCGACGGCCAUGAUGAAAACGCAGUUCAUGAUGCUGUGGGACGGGCUGAACACCGAGUCCGACUCGACGAUCAUCGUGAUGGGCGCUACCAACCGGCCGCAGGACCUGGACAAAGCCAUUCUGCGCCGCAUGCCCGCCCAGUUCCACAUCGGGCUGCCGAACGAGGAGCAGCGGCACAAGAUCUUGCAGCUGAUUUUGGCCAACGAAAAGGUUGCGCCCGAGGUUGACUAUCUGCAGCUGGCCCGCAAGACGAAUGGAUACUCGGGCUCGGAUCUGAAGGAGGUGUGCCGCAAUGCGUCCGUCCACCGGAUACGGAAGGUGAUGAAGAACAAGGAAAUAAUGAGCGCGGUCCGGGCGGCGGCUAACAGCAAAGCACAGGCAAACGGAACGGCGGCUGGUGGAUCGCAGCUACCGAACGGGUUUAAUGGGGUAACGGCACAGAACGGUGGUUUGGAGCUCGGUACGCCCGCCAUUACGAUGGAGGAUCUGGAGGAGUCGUUGCGCAGUAUGAGGCACUCCAAGUACACGACCGGUGUGCUGAACGAUGCUAGGAUCGAUUUGGACUAAAAGUGUGGUUGGGGACUUGGGGCUAAACCAGUGAGCCGGCCCAGACAGCUAAGAUUUAGAUAGUCGCAGAUUAUCAGAUAAGCAGGCAGUGACGCCGGUAGAGUUAGAAAGCACAUUCAUUGCGGGGAGUGUGAAUUCUUAUUAGAAAAUGAGCAUACUAUUCGAUGGAUGGUUGGGGUUUGGGUUUGGGAUGGACAGACGACGAGCUAUGGCUAACAGGCUAACCAAAACGAGCAUUAAAUUAUCAAUUGUUAGUAGAGACGUGGAUUUGAUCGAAUAUGGAGAAGCAAGAUUCGUCGCGUGUCUGUGACGAAUUACAACCGCAGCAGGUUUAUGCUGUUAAGAUCCUCUCCAAAGGAAAUGUUGAUUUUACGACUGUUGUUCUAAACUAUAUUGAAUGUAAUAAGCAUUAUACACACACACAUCACCACCACCACCAUUGUUGCAAACACAGCAAUACACACCAAACAUUAAAUACCUUAGAAUGUGGAGAAAAGAGCAUAAGUGUAGGUCGUGUGCCGUUGAAUGUAGAACAUAAUAGAUACAUAGAACCCGGGGGGGAAUACAGCAAUAGCACUUGGUUGCAUACGAACCCACGCGACACCCCGCGUAAUCGCUUCAGCCGUUGUAGAUCAGUUAGCUAGCUAGUUAGUAGUGUGUGAUGAUUCCGCCAGAUCGUGUGUGUGUGUGUGUGUGCGAGAGUGUGUUUAGGGAUUAGGUUUUUUGUUGUUGUUUUAGCCAGCAUUCUUCUUUUUAUUUUUUUUCGGUUUUCGGCGUGAGCUGCUUACGCUUUUGUGUUUUCAUAAAUUCCUCAAUUCAGUUUCCUUUCAUCUCUCGGUGGACGAUUCCGUUCGAUGGCAUCUUAAAACAAAAAAUCGCGUAGGUUAACAUAAGUUUUGUAAUUGGAUAACACCGUUGUAGAUACUUUGAGUUUAAGGCGAUGGCGUACAGAGAGAACGGGGAGAGAGAGAUACACGAGAAAAUGGGAAGAAAGCUAAAUAAAAAGUUAUUGAAAAUCUAAAAAA